AGCGAAGCAACAGGGGAACCGAGCUGCAGUAACACGCUGCCUCCGGAGUUGAAUAUUUCAGAAUGGGAGGAUGAAGCUCUCUUGUUGUGUUAUGUGUGUGUGUUUCUCUCCUAUUGCAGGCUUCAUUUGGAUGUAUUUCUGAGCAACAGAGGGUUUUGAGGUGGACCUGACAGAGCAAUAAGAUGUACUCUGCUCUUUGAAUUCUUUUUGCUUGUAUCAACAAUUUAUCCAGAGACAAUUUCAGAAAGAAAAAUCACACAUGCAAAUAUGCUUUCUUAUUUUUUGGUUGUUGUUUUUUUUACCUCAAAAUUGUGAAACUGGAGCUAUCACAAUGACGAGCCCUACAGACUGAAGAGACGGCAAGCCACCAGAUGUUUGAGGGGGUUGCUGUCCACCAUUGGCUGUGCUUGGGAGCUCUCUACUUGUUGGCAGUGGGGGUGGCAUUAACAUCCGAAACACGCCGGCCGUGUCCGCAGCUCUGCCGCUGCAACACCGUGCUGCUGGAGGUGAACUGCUCCGAUGGCCAGCUUACCACAGUGCCCGACGGUCUCCCGCAAAACACAAAACUGCUAAACUUAACACAUAAUAAGAUCAAGACUCUGGUGCACCAGCAGUUUCAGACUUUGACACAACUCAUAGACUUGGAUUUGAGUGAUAAUAUAAUGGUGAUAAUUGAAGUGGAAGCCUUUCUCGGCUUGCAAAGUCUGAUAACUCUGCGCCUUGCUCGCAACCACCUGAAGAUCAUUCCUGUGGGCGUGUUUGCUGGUCUGCCAAAACUGAAGUUACUGGACAUAAACAGUAAUGAGAUCCUUGUUCUUCUAGAUUUUACUUUCCGUGACUUAUCGGCCCUGCAGUUUAUCAAAGCAGCAGAUAAUGACUUUGUUUUCAUUUCUCGUCAAGCUUUCAUUGGCUUAACCAGCCUGCAAGAGCUGCAUCUUGAUGGCUGCAACCUCACUGCUGUGCCAACGGAGGCGCUCGCACAGCUAACUGGGCUGAGAAGGCUUCAUUUUCGCCGACUGGGCCUCACCACGCUGCCAAACUACUCUUUCCGUCAUUUAGAGCGCCUUACGGAGCUUGUCAUUUCUCACUGCCGCUGGCUGGAGACCCUGUCAGGAAAUAGUCUCUUCGGCCUGAACCUUACAUCUCUCACCAUAAGACACUGUAACCUCAGUGCUGUCCCAUACAUCCCUCUGCAUCAUCUUGUAUAUCUCGUUUACCUUGACCUUUCUUUUAACCCAAUUGCCUACAUUCAUGGGAACCUGCUUGAAGACUUGCUCCGGCUCCAAGAGCUUCAUCUGGUGGGGGGAUCAUUGCUGCGUGUCGAAAUCGGAGCAUUCAGGGGUCUGGCUCAUUUCAGAUUGCUGAAUGUAUCCAGAAACCUUCUCACCACACUGGAGGUAGGAGCUUUCCAUUCAGUGGACACCCUAAGAACUCUGGGGCUUGGUAACAACCCACUAACAUGUGACUGCCGUCUGCUGUGGGUAGUGCAAAGACGACCAUAUCUGGACUUUGGUGGAAAUUCACCGACUUGCACAACCUCAGCUCAGUUGCAGGGCUGGUAUUUUCUGGACUUUACUGAAGCCGAGCUCCCAGGCCUGCUCACAUGUCGACAGCCUCGUAUUCUGUACCAAAAACCUCCAGAAGUGAGAGUGGAUCAAGGACACACUGUGGUGUUUGAUUGCAAUGCAGAAGGUGACCCUCUGCCAUCUGUCACCUGGAUCAGCCCACAGUUAAAACCUCUAUCACCCAUUGGUAGAAUACGAGCUCUCUCUAAUGGCUCGCUGGAGGUUCGUUACGCUCAACCUCAAGACAGUGGUGCUUAUCUCUGUGUGGCAUCUAACGCGGCAGGAAAUGACAGCCUGUCCGUCAGCCUUCAUGUCCGAGCCUUUCCACCAUCUUCUAAAAACCCCCUUCGUCUUAAGGGAUGGUUUGCCUUUCCCUCUGCCUCUCCAGAUGUGAAUGGAAAUCACAAUAUCCCAUUUGAUGUCAAGACGUUACUGGUAGCUGGAACCAUCGGGUUCGUUUCAUUUUUCAGCUCUGUGAGCGUAUGUUUCAUCUUCAUGUUCUUCUGGAGCAAGAGUAAAGGGCAGAUAAAGCACACAGCCACAAUAGCGUAUGUGCCACGAAGCGCCAUGGCAAGUAAUAACGGAGGGAAAGGCAAUACGGAGACAAGCAGGUUCACCAUGAAACUAAUAUGAAAUUAAAUCAUGCGGUCCGUUCUGGAGAGGAGGAGACCUCUGUGAAUAAUUCGGUGACCAGAAAAAACCUCCUGAACAAUGAACACUGACACUAACUGCGAGAAAUUUCUGAUGGUUGCAAUCUGCAGUCCUCACCACUAGGUUCCACAAAAUCCUCCUACAUCUUACGCACUGCUCCUUUAAGAGCAUGUAAAAUUGUGUCCAACAAAGGCUGGCUGAUUCAUAUAAAUGUGAGCAUGUUAGCUAUGUUCUGCAAAAGUGACAAAGACAAGACAUGUAAUAAAUUGUGCUGGUGAAAGCCCCUCUGGAUGUUAAUGUGAGUUUACAUUUUAGGAACAUCUAGAAGAGUGCAACCAUGAUUAACUUUAUUUUCAUUUCUCCUUAUUUGUGAGACAGACACUUGAUUAUAAAAAAAAAACCCCUAAAUGCAAAGUAACCAAAGUUAGCAAUACUUAAUGAACAUAAUGCAUGUAAUAUGUAGAGAUGUAAAUUAUUCAGUCAACUGCUUGUUGCCAUUACCCUUAUUGAUGUUUAUGUAAAGAAACAAUUUAAGACCUUGUUUGUUUUGUUCAUUUGAUUUUUUAUAAACAGAAAUAGAUUUUUUAAUUGAAAUAAUUAUGAUGGAUCUCAGAUGGUAGCCUUGAGAUAACUAAAAAAAUAUACUAGGAAUGUUAACCUUAUGUGAAGGGUAAUGUACACAGUACUUGCAUCUGUAUCGCAUGUCAUUUCGACUUAAUUUGCAUACAAAUAUUUUGCUAGUAUUCUAAUAUUGUCACAUUUAUUGCUGUAGGCCACUUAUUUUUUAGGCUAAUGGAUGUGAGGAAUGUGUGUU